CCCCACCACCCGAGCCGCCUGUUGGGUAACUCCGAGGCUAUCGGUGCUAUAUCCAAAGCAAGGAGACGACCGAUCCCGCAGGCCGUUGGCCUUCUAACACACAAUGUCACAAGUUAUAGGCAAGACGCGCCUGGCCUACGCGCGCUCAUGGCACCACCUCGACAUUGGCAGCGACCCACGGGCGCUCGGACGAGUCGCCUCGGCGAUAGCCCUGACACUCAUGGGCAAGCACAAACCAAUCUUCGACCCGUCGACCGACUGCGGCGACUACGUGGUCGCCACCAACUGCGCGCAGCUGCACACAACGGGCAAGAAGCGCUCGCAGAAACUGUACCGCACACACACGACGCGCCCGGGCUCGCUCAAGGAAAUCUCCAUGGACAAGCUCAUGCAGAAAUGGGGCGGCGGCGAGGUCCUCCGCAAAGCCGUCAGCGGCAUGUUGCCCAAGAACCGCCUGAGGAAGGAGAGGCUCGCGCGCCUCAAGACGUUUGAGGGAAAUGCUCAUCCGUAUAAGGAGAAUUUGCUCGUCGUGGGCAAUGGUGGUGGCCAGAGUAUAAUGGACCAUCAUGAUGUGAAGAGGACGUUUGCCCAGUCGAAGCCACAGGAUGCUGCGGCGCCGGCGUCAUGACAGCGUGUGGCGCGGGGUGUAGAUUAUAAGGGAAUGUAACAAAAUAUGUAGACAUGAACGUGGAAUGCAUGUGUGUUCGAUGCGGUUUCUGGAAGCCGUGUAGCGGGCAAAAGACAUCUUGAAAUGCUACAAAUGACCUUGAGCAAUUCACAUAAUGAUCAAGGCUAGGUCAAACACAGACUCGUUUUCGGCCGUCGGUGCAUGCUAGCUUGAG